UGCCACGGUUCGCAGCUUCUUUCCCUUUGAGUGCCUUGGCCAGCAAGAUGUCGACUCUUGCUGCCCAUACUACGAGUACUUGAGCGUCCCUCUUCAAGAGUCCGCCUAGCUAGAUAAAUCUUUGUCUUGUUGGGCGAAAGCAUUUCCCGUUAUGGAGAAGCUGAACAGUGAAGAUGGACAGCUUUUCAUCAAGAACCUCGCUAGUUUCGUACGAACUCAUGAGAAGGCCUUGGCGAAUGCGCUGCAAUUGAAACGCCAACCUACCAGAAAUGUGCAAACUACACACACUCAAUCCGGCUCGUCCGCGAGCUCGGCUUCAUCUACCCUGGCCGCGGCCCUGUCCUUCGGUCCGUUGAGGUUCGCCUCGCAGAGCGUCAAGCCUGCCAAACUCACCCUUACCCCUCAUCAUCUCUUCUACCUCCUCUCCUGCUUCGAAGAACUUUCCAUUGCCGUGGGUCCCUUGAAUGUCAGACUGGAAAACAUCAAUACAGACAUCUCGCAGUCUUACGUCUCGUUCUUGAAUAAGCCCCAGCGAUCCAGGGGGGAUCGGGACUCGAUCCACUCCGUAUCCAGUGUCCGUAGUGUCAUGUCUGGUAUGAGUUCGCUCUGGUCCUCGUUCGGACUGGUAUCCAAGGACCCGAGUUCUAAGUCGGAAAAGGCCAAGGCGGCUCUAGAGGCAGAUACCAAGUACCUGUACUCUGCCUUCACCAAGAUUCCUUGCCUACGGCUAGCCCCGGACCGCCGUGCCCGUCUGAUCCGUGGAUACGAAGAGUUCCCCUUUGACACGGCAGUGCCUCUCCACUCCUUCAAGAAUUUGAGUGCGUUGGAGAUUAUCGAUAUAGACUUUCGAUCCUUCUUCGGUUGGGACAGACUGUCGGAGCAACUGCGAACUUUGACGAUCAAGCGGGCGAACAUCGAUGACCCGGCGGAAUUGCUGACUGGGAUCGUGCUGGACGACAUCGACAAACGCCGCCGCCGUUCGACCAGACACCACAACAAUGGCCCAAUGAUGGGCUGGAGUCAAUCUGUGCACCCUCGGCCUGUCAACAACAAGACUCCAGCCCCUGGCUCUCUUUCGGCGCCAGGAUCGCCGAUCGCCGAUACCGCGUUCGGUACGAGUACAAGCCCACAAGCAGCUUCGAUGGUUCGGAUGGCGUCGGAGGGCUCGAAAAGCCGUCACCGAACUGGGAGUAUAUCUCCUUCGCGCCCAUCUAGCUCGAAGCACUCGUCUUACCGCCAUAGCCGGGGCAACGUUUCACGCAUCAGACGCACCGGCUCGGGUAGUUCAAACUCAAGCGACAAUUCGGGUCAUCGCAACGGAAGCUCCUCCAACCUUCUAGCUGGGAUUCUUCCCGCUUCCAAGUGGAGGUUCUUGCGCCAUCUUGGGCUUCCGGAUAACUCUCUGACUAGCAUUUCCGCUGCCGGUCUCGCCCCCGUAGCAAACACGCUGCAUUCGCUCGAUAUUUCGUCCAAUCUAUUUACCGAGGUCCCCGAUAGUCUCUCGACUCUGGUUGCCUUGCGCGCUUUGAAUCUUUCGCAUUGCAUGAUAGAAUCUCUCCACUCGCUGUCCCGCAAUCCUCUUCCCGCCAUCACCGCCCUCAACCUUCGUGGCAAUCGCCUUCGCUCACUCCCUGGCAUCGAGAGAUUGCUCUCUCUGGAGAGAUUGGAUCUCCGAGAUAACAACCUCUCCGAUCCGACCGAGAUUGCCCGGCUUACCAACCUCCCUGAGAUACGGGAGAUCUGGGUGUCGGGCAAUCCGUUCGUCAAAACGCAUCCCAAUUACCGCGUGAUCAUCUUCAAUCUUUUCCGGCGCACUCCCGGGUACUCGGAAGACAUCAUCAUUGAUGGAUCCGGACCCGGAUACACGGAACGGAAACAGCUGGUGGAGCGAGCUGCGGAACCCGAAGCUGCACCUGUCAUACGAUCGGCUGCGGCUGAUCUCUCAGCCGUGGUCAGCAAACCAUCGUCCAACACCAUCAACCAAGCAGCCCCGCUGCUUCACGAACAGGGGGGAUCCACUGGUCGUGUGUUCCAGGGGGAGGUUGAGGUGGGGUCGACUCGUCGAAAAAAGGGAACUCGGCGGAGGAUCGUCGAUCGGCCGCAGGAGACACCCUCCACUGAUGGUAAUGAUACUCCAGGUGCAGUGGUGCCUUCUACUCUUCCUGUUCAGCACCUCCAAUCAUCUGAUGACCCGUUCACCUCGCCGUCUCUCGACCGUCAAUGGAAAUCUGAUGGUGGACCCCAGGCCAGACCUUCAAGCCCCAAGAGCUCCGACAAUGUCGACCAUGAACAAUCUCAGCCCACUGCUCAGACCCCAAAGUGUCCUGCACCCCAGCGAGUAUCACAGAGCAUAGGCUGGGGGGCGAACGAGGAUUUUUACCGACGGGAACUGGAUGCACUCCGGCAAGAACUCGGUAGCACCUGGCUUGCGCAGCUCAGUGACCCGGGCUGGAAGCACAGCCCGACUGAUGUUACUGUACCACGCACAGGCACCGACUUCACCGAAGCGACCAGAAUAUCGGCCGAUUCCCUGGCCAGGGUCACCCCACCGGUCAUACUUAGUGGAGGACAUGCUCUGAGUUGAAAUGGGCUGUGAGCCGGAGGACUAAGCCACCUCACGACUCGCAUAGCGUGGGCAUCAACACCGAGGUCCACUUUCGAGCCCGCAAACCUGAAACAACAACAAAAAAAAAAGAAGAAAAAGCAAUUAAAGCAAAGGAAAUGAAGGAAAGAGCGAGAAGGGAAAGACGAGGACGGAGCGCCAAACACCACCACCAUCGCCGAUAAUACCUCUUUCAGCCUGACUGAGACA